GUGUUCCGUCGCGCGCACCUUUGUUUGCAGCGCGAAACGUUUAAAAAAACUUCAAGUAGAAAAGCGACGUCAGCAGCGUGUAGGGAGGCUGCAGGACUAAUAAAAUGGCCGCUCAGAGCUUCAUUUCCAUCUCUGAGCUUCAUCCCAACUUCUCUCAUCCGAAAGUGUUGGGGGUCAUCAUUGGGAAAACGGAUGUGAGAAGCUUCCCCGAUAGAAAAAAUAUUGAGAUUGACCGAUUCACUUUUGGCUUCACCAUCAGAGACUCUCCAGACUUCUUCAUCAAUGUGAGCGCCUGGGGAAACGACACAUACGUCAACGGGCUGGCCGACAGCUUCAGCAUUGGAGACUGUGUGACCAUUGAAAAUCCCUUAGUUUCCACCAAAGACCCAGAGAAAGGAGACCGGUUCUGCCCUAAAACACCAAGCCAUUACAGGCUGCUGGUGACAGAGACUCACUCCCAGGUGUGUCUAUGUGCUGACGUGGACACCAUCGACAGGCUGCUGCCGCUGAUUCACCUCCCAGUUAAGGACUCCAGAGAUUUCUACUCACUGGGAGAUAUUGUGGCCAACGGACAGAAGCUGGAUGGCACAGUGAUAAACAUACUGGCAGCUGUGAAACUGAUUGGAGAAACGAAGCAGUUCAUCACUUCUGACGGACGCCGAGGGCAGAGGCUUGAAGUGAAGCUCUUUGAUGACUCUGUCUCAUCUUUUCCCCUCAUCGGCUGGGACAGGGAGGCCAUUCAACUCCUGCAAACCUUGGUACCCAGAGAGACAGUGCUCUUCAUUGCUGAUAUAAAGAUGAGCUUUGACAACUUUCGCAGCAGCAUGGUGGCGACGGUUAACUCAAAGAGCAUCAUUACUGUCAAUCCUGACAUAAGAGAGGCCAGCUUGUUGUUCAACUAUGCUAAAGAAAUGUCAGAGUCUGGAGCUUUGGACCAAGACGAGGCCCCAGAGGAUCUGCCUGCUGUAACUGCUGUGUUUGCCUGGACAGUGGAGUCCAUCACUGAUGUGUACACAGUGAACCAGCUGAAGGACAGGGCCAAAGAGCACCCCGAGCCUUUCUUUGGUGUCACUUACAGCUUCAUCUCCAAGCUCGACCUCGACUCGUCCGUCUCUAAAGUCAUCAAGACCCGCUGUGCUAGAUGUAAGUUCCUGGUGCUGGAGGACAUGCAGGUCUGCACCAACCAGCUUUGUCCAGGGAGGGAGCAGCCUCUUUCAGCUGCUACUGGCUUUGACUUGUUGGUGGACUUCACAGACCACACUGGCACUCUGCAGGCCUGCAGCCUCAGAGGACCGGUAGCAGAACGGACCCUCGGCUGCACGACAGAGGAGUUCACCAGUCUGACAGAUGAUCAGCGAACUGCGCUCAGGUGGAGAUUUCUCCUGGAAAGAUGCAAAAUACACGUGAAGAUCCUUCCUUCUACCAGGAUGAAGAGUGGGAUCAGAGGGGUGAUCCUGGCCUGCUCACUGGCAGAUCCAGGAGAGGUGAAGCAGCACAUGUCUAAGCUGCUUCAGGAGCUUUGAUCAGCACGGCCUGCAGAGGCAGUUCUCUGCGUUCCCACAUAUUGGUUCUGGUUGGGUUCUGAUUGAGAUGUAAUCCACACAUGAGAAUAUUAAUCUUAAAUAUCUAAUAUUUAUUUAACUUAUUUAUCUAAAUGUAUUUAUCCAGUGAAUGUGAAAAUCUUAUGAAAAUAUGUGUUAAAUAAAGUAUCCAUUUAAAAGCA